GGCCGGAAGUAAACAUCACGUGCCGCUGCAAAUCAGCUGAUCCUCCGUAGACAUCUUUACGAGUCACGACUGCGGCCGAUUAAUUCAUACCUUCUCCUCUGUGAUUUUCGGGCCCGAGUGGAUCUUUGACAGCUGCAACCAUGGCGCUCAGCGAUGCCGACGUACAGAAGCAGAUCAAGCACAUGAUGGCCUUCAUUGAACAGGAGGCCAAUGAGAAGGCGGAGGAAAUUGAUGCAAAGGCAGAGGAAGAGUUCAACAUCGAGAAGGGCCGUCUGGUGCAGACUCAGAGGCUGAAGAUUAUGGAGUACUACGAGAAGAAAGAGAAGCAGAUCGAGCAGCAGAAGAAAAUCCAAAUGUCCAACCUGAUGAACCAGGCUCGCCUGAAGGUGCUGAAGGCCCGGGACGACAUGAUCUCGGAAAUGCUGAACGAUGCCCGCCAGCGGCUCGGUAACGUCGCAAAAGAUCCGGCCAGGUAUCCAGCUCUGAUGGACGGCUUGAUCUUACAGGGUUUCUAUCAGCUCCUGGAGCCCAAAGUGACCAUUCGCUGCCGUAAACAGGACAUGCAGAUGGUCCAGGCGUCCAUCCAGAGGAACAUCCCCAUCUACAAAGCAGCCGUGAAGAACAACCUGGAGGUCCGCAUCGACCAGGACAACUUCAUCUCUCCAGACGUCUCUGGAGGUAUCGAGCUCUACAACGCUGACGGGAAAAUCAAGGUGUCCAACACCCUGGAGAGCAGGCUGGAGCUCAUGGCUCAGCAGAUGAUGCCUGAAGUCCGAGUGUCUCUCUUCGGUGCCAACCCGAACCGCAAGUUUCUGGACUGAGGAAGCUUCUCUGUACUUGAGAAGAAAAAAAAAACUCCAUCUCUUUGUUUUUUAUGUUGUCACAUGGAAGACGUCAUUCCUCUUGUCUGUGAAACCGAUUUUUCUGAAGCGAAAGAGACGCAAUCGUUGUUGUGUGAUUGAUGUAUUGCUGUAUAUUUCUGUGCAUCGUGGGACAUCAUAGAAGCUGUAACUCAACAUUACAGAUGUGCAUCCUUCAUUCUGCGCGGUCGCAAUGACUUGUUUACUCCACUGCUGCCCAUUCACAGGCUCCGAGUUUACACCGGUUAGUCAGGUACGAUGGGAUUGGCUGGAUGUUUAACACGUCCUCUAAUUGGACCAGAUUACAUUACAAACAAAACAUCUUUGUCUUUCCAUUUCCACAGUUACAUAACCUCUACCCCACAUUAGAAGUUGUAUGGGGCAUUGUGUUGCUAAUGGGUGUCUGCUCCAACCAAUCACAGUGGGGGAAAAAAACAAAAAAAAACAUCUUCAAGACGUAACUGAAGGACGCACAUGACCUCACAGAGUUAAUUUAUUGAUGUUACAGCGAUCUGCUGUCAUGUAUUAAAAGUGUGGGACUUAUCAUUCCAAAGGGUGCACUGUAUGUAUAUGAGGUUUCCAGAUUAAAUUAUACAGAUGUGUGGUUGUUUUGGUUCUUGUUUUUUUUUUUUUUUGUCUUUUCUUUUUGUCGAUUGUGUUUCAAACUGAAAAUGUACUAUUGUGGAAAUGUAAAACCUAAUAAAAUAUAAAUCAUUA